ACCAACGCCGAGAUCGCGACCUCCUACGCCGCCCUAAUCCUCGCCGACGAGGGUCUCAAAAUCACGCCCGAGAAGCUCCAAACUCUUCUCAAAGCUGCUGGUAUCGAGGACGUCGAACCCAUCUGGACCACGCUGUUCGCCAACGCGCUCAAGGAUAAGAACGUCAAGGAAUUGCUCACUGACGUCACUGCUGCUGGA